CUAUUACACAAAGAUUUGAUCUUGAAACCAAAACCCCUUUGGAUCCAGAACUUGAAGUUAAAAAUGAUGGUAUACGUUUGGGAUUAAGCGAAGAAACUAAUGAGAUGAAACUUGAGGAAUUAUAUCCUUUGGGGAGUAAGAAAAACGGACUAGUGUUUGAAGAAGAAAAAAAAUGAAAACUCAAGAACCCAAGGAAUAUGAUUUUGGAUUACCAGUUCAAUCUCCUGUGGAAUUGAAAUACAAGAUUCUGGUUGUUAAUUUUCCUGAAAUGAUUGAAGAUAGCAUAUCAGUGUUGGGAGCCAAGUUGUUUGAUGCUGAUGGUUUUGUGGGACUGAACAAUUUUAUGAAAAUACUUGGAUAUGCUGACAUCAAAUGGCAUGUUGAUAAGUUGAAUGAUACCUUUUUGACUGAAGACAUGAAUAUGCCAUUAAACAUGAUGGAUUGCAAAGGUAUUGUGGUGUACAUAGUUGGAGACGUUGUUCAAAAUUUUAUUAGAAUAGAGACAUGGUUGUUCGGGACUCCAAGAGCAACUAGCCAUAUUGGUUGUAUUGGGAAUGUUGAAUCAGGGAAUGGAAUGGAAAGACACUCAAAAAGUGUUGGUGUUAAUAUACAUGGUUCGGUGAAUAAGAAUGCUGCACGGACAAGGGCUGGCACUGUGGUAGGCGUAGAAAACGACAAGCAUUUGCCAGUUUGGUAUUCUUGUAGUUUCAAGCAUUUGAAAAUACCAGUUAAUGGGACAUUAAUUGAAAAGGAUAGGGUGCUUCAACCCGUUUUUAGUGGCAAGGGAUGUAUCUUGAGCACACUAGAGAAUUCCUGCAGCGUUCUCUAAAAGAACCAGUUUGACAUUUGCUUUGUAUUUGGUAUUAUGAAACUGAGGAUACAUCGUGAAAAGCAGAUUGUAACGAAGUAAUUGGGUAUUGAUUUUUUCCAAGAAGUUCUGAAUAAAGUUCUAAAGGACUU